UUAUGUGCCGCAUAGUCGAAGUGAUUGUUAAAAUCGUUCUAUACUCUUUAUUUUAACAUUCUAAUUUUUUGUUUCCAAAAAAUGGAAGAGAAUGAGCUUUCUCAUUUAAAUACUGUAAAUAACAAGAAACUAACACCAACAAAAGAAUCCAAAAAAUUAUCUUCUUCUGAGGAGGUCACACGAGGACAAUGGGCAAAUAAAACUGAAUUUUUAUUGUCAUGUUUGGGAUAUGCAAUUGGUAUUGGCAAUGUUUGGAGAUUUCCAUAUUUGUGUUAUCGAAAUGGCGGUGGUGCGUUUUUGAUCCCGUAUUUAUUAAUGUUAGCUUUUUGUGGUAUACCAUUAUUUUAUAUGGAAUCUUGCUUAGGGCAAUUUUCAAGCAGUAGUUGUCUUACAAUUUUUAAAAUAUGUCCUUUGUUAAAAGGUUGCGGCUAUGCAACAGUUAUUGUAAAUAUAAUUACAACACUAUACUUCAAUGUAAUUGUUUCAUUACCAUUUGUGUUCCUUUACAAUUGUUUACAAGCGAAUUUGCCGUGGGAUGAUUGCAAUAAUCCUUGGAAUACAGAUAAAUGUCUCGAGCUAGAUGGUAGUUCAAGUCAUUUAACAGAAUUUAUGUUAAGCAAAAAUGAUUCUUCAUAUGAGAAAAGACGGACGCCAGCUGAUGAAUUUUUUCAUUUUAAAGUAUUAAAUAUAUCGGACAGUAUAAAUGAAGUCGGUGGAAUAGUUCCUCAGUUGCUCAUUGCUAAUCUAUUAUCAUGGAUUGUGGUAUACUUUUGUAUUAGUAAAGGUGUCAAAUCUGUUGGUAAAGUGGUUUACUUUACUGCUACGUUUCCGUUUAUCAUUCUUUUUGUAUUGUUUAUACGUGGAAUAACGUUACCCGGAGCUAUGGAUGGAAUAUAUUUUUAUAUUUAUCCAGAUUGGAACCGUUUAUGGAACUUUAAGACAUGGGCAGAUGCUGCACUACAAAUAUUCUUUUCAUUGGGUCCUGGAUGGGGUGGAAUUAUUAAUAUGGCUAGUUUCAAUCCAUUUCAUAAUAACGUUAAAUCAGAUUCUAUUGUCGUUCCAAUUGUUAAUUGUGGUACAAGUAUUUUUGCUGGAUUUGUUGUGUUUUCUGUAUUAGGUUUUAUGUCUCAUAAAACAGGUAUACCCGUAUCAACAGUUGCCACUAGUGGACCUGGCUUGGCAUUUAUUACAUACCCCGAAGCGAUUUCGAUGUUACCACUCCCACAUUUAUGGGCAAUCGCAUUCUUCGUCAUGUUGUAUUUAUUAGGAAUUGAUACUUUGUUUGUACAAACUGAAGCAAUUAUUACAAGUAUUAUGGAUGAACAUCCACGAUUGCGCAAACAUAAAACCUUGAUUACAUUCUUGUCAAUUUGUAUAUUUUUUGUGUCAUCCCUGGUGUUUGUUUCAAGGGCUGGAAUGUAUUAUAUUCAGCUUAUUGAUUGGUAUUGCGCAUCUGUUUCAAUAAUUUUAAUAUGUUUAAUGGAGAUAAUUAUUGUGGGAUGGAUUUAUGGAAUUGAUAAUUUUAUUAGAGACAUUAAAUUUAUGAUGGAUAUAAAAAUGGGUUUCUGGUGGCCGUUUUGUUGGAAAUAUUUAACAUCAGUUAUUUUAGUAAUAAUUUUCAUGACAACUAUAUUUUUCAAUACUGAAGUAACGUACAAUGGUAAAGCGUAUCCAUUUUGGUCAAUUAUUCUUGGAUGGAGUAGUUGUCUAGUUUCAAUGGUUUGUAUUCCGGGAUAUGCAAUUUACCUGAUAUCACGAACACCAGGAAAUUUUAUUCAGAGGAUACGAACAAAUUUAAAAUCAACGGAAGAUUGGGGACCUAGUGAUGUUGGCAAUCGCAAAGAAUGGAAAACAUUAAUUACAAUGAAAGAAACUAAUAAUAUUAAUCUUAAUAACAAAUAAACUUAUUU